CCGCAACCUGUGGACCCGCUUGGUAGCAUCCAGCUUAGCCCCAAGUUCGUUUACUUAUGUAUCAUUAAAAACUACCAAAAUUUGAUGGUUUAGAUAGAACAUGCACAACAAAUAAACCAACUACGAUUAAUAAAAUAUGUUUAUCUGUAAAGAAAUUCAUUUCUAGACGGUAUUUUUACCACAGAAUUAAGAUCAUUUUAAAAUUUUUGUUACUCGUAGUGCAAUGACUGUGUAAAAAGUGUACAAAUUUGUUUUUUUUUCUAUUUGAUAAAUAUGAUCGAAAACGGUAUCUUAUACAAAAUGAAAUAAGCAAACUUGUUAUAAUUAUAAUUCAUUGAAAUUACAUAAAUUGUAAUGUUUGAUUUUUUACAUUGCAUAUAAUCUUUUUCUGAUUAAAAAUAAAUAAAGAUUGUUUAUUGUACUAAUAUCAUAAAACCAUCGACACAUUAGAAGAUCCCAUAUAAUAGAAGACCUUCCCAUAAUAGAAGACCCCCUUCAAUAAACGACGCAAAAGACAGAUUAGAAGAUCUCCUGCAAUUCUUGAUUUUAUUUCUUUUCUGUUUAAUAUUUUUGUUUCUUCAUACAAAUAUUUCUAAGUUAUACUGCAGAAAUAUCUUUCUGCCGUCCAAGACGAUCUGUAUUUGAACAAUAUAAACUAUAAUUAACAGACUCACUUUAUACGGUAUGUGAAAGCCAAUAUCCGGUAUGACUAAGUUCAGCCAUCUCUUUUUGUGAAACACGAUCUGAAAGGAGUGUUGAAGUGUUUAGGGUAGAAAUUUUGGACCCACUCCCCCCCCCCCCCCCCCCCCCACAGACCGUGACAGAGAAAAUUCAUACCCAUCACAGACCGUGACAGAGAACCUCCGGACCCAUCACAGACCGUGACAGAGAACCCGGGUACCCAUCACAGACCGUGACAGAGAACCCCGGAUACCCAUCACAGACCGUGACAGAGAAUCCGAGUACCCAUCACAGACCGUGACAGAGAACCAGGGUACCCAUCACAGACCGUGACAGAGAACCCCGGGUACCCAUCACAGACCGUGACAGAGAACCUCCGGACCCAUCACAGACCGUGACAGAGAACCCGGGUACCCAUCACAGACCGUGACAGAGAAUCCGGGUACCCAUUACAGACCGUGACAGAGAACCCGGGUACCCAUCACAGACCGUGACAGAGAACCCCGGGUACCCAUCACAGACCGUGACAGAGAAUCCGGGUACCCAUCACAGACCGUGACAGAGAACCCGGGUACCCAUCACAGACCGUGACAGAGAAUCCGGGUACCCAUCACAGACCGUGACAGAGAAUCCGCGUACCCAUUACAGACCGUGACAGAGAAUCCGGGUACCCAUCACAGACCGUGACAGAGAACUCGGGUACCCAUCACAGACCGUGACACAGAAACUGUAGUUGUAAAGUAUCAGAUAUACGGUCAGCUACAAAUGUGUCGUAAGGAAAUGGAACAAAAGGAUUUCCAUUUAAUUAGUAACAAUAGGUCCAUCGUGUUUCACAUUUUUAAUCCCGCAAGGGAUUGCGCUAACAGCUUUUUUUUUUACAUCGCUUUUUAUGAACAGUGAGCUAUAUGAGUCUUUUUCGAAGUAAACAAAAGAUAAGCUUUCUCUUAUGUAGAGUAAUUUCAUCAAACCCUCAUCUACUGUCAUUAAAUACCAAUCAUAGCCAUAUUGAUCGAAAAAUCCGACUCAGAAAAUGAUAAAUAAAUUUCAAGUUCAAUAAUGAAAACUCGAAAUACGCAGUUGACCUUAGAGUGAAGUUCUUUAUCGAGUCCAAAAAUUGUUCUAGAUUUUGUAAAAGAAAUAUGAGUCCUUAUAUCAUUUUUUUGGAUUAGUACAUUACUUAAAAGUGCAUCUUCUAGGUAAUCAAUGCUCUUUCGUAGAAGAACUGCUACCAAUAUAACCGAAAUUUUUAAAUGGAACAGAUAAAACUUCAGAUGUUGACUCGACCUAUUCAAUUUAAAGAUAUUGGCCAUCAAAAAUUGGGCUUGUCCUCUGAAUAUCGAAUAAGAAAAGAGAAAACAUUUCCCAAUUAGAUGCACGUUUGAGUAGUGCACUAAUAAAAAAUGAUAGCAUUGGAUGAGGAUCUUAUUUUAUUUCUUGAGAAGUGUUCGUAACAUGAAAUAUCAAUUAACCGCAUUUCAUUUCAUUCAGUACAUUCUAUAAUAAAGAUAUUCUUUUUACGAAAUUUUCUGUCUUAAUGAACCUUACACUGUUUUUGUAAUUAGUCUCGCAGAGCAAAAUAAUAUAAAAGUUUAUUAGCAACAAGAUCAACAAAAAGACAACUUUUACAGAAAUAAUCUCGCUGAGCGUACGGAAAAAAUAGGGAAAUUUAAGGGACAUAGUAUAAGACCCUUUAUAACUUGUGAACGAUAAGACAGAAUAGAAGACCCGGGGUCUUCUAACAUGUCGAUGGCUUUAUUGAAAUUAAUGAUCGAUGGAUGUUGUUUUUAUAGAUAUCUCUUUUACUAAUUAUCAAUAUAUAGUUUCUGCUAAACGAACAAAAUUUGAUAAUAUUGAAACAUCAUCAUCAAAAAAAAACGAUAAUGAAUCAUUAACUAUUCAAAAAUAUUUAGAAAUGGACAUUUUUGAUGAUAAAUCUGGUCUAUCCACUGAAGAACAAUCAACAGAAAAUCGUCAAACGAUUCUAAAUAAUGCAUUUGAAGGAGAAAAAAUAAGAUUAGAAAUUGAACCUAUUUCGAAAUUUCGUGGUCGUACAGCACAUGAUUUUAAACCGGAGAAAGCAAAAAAACGUGAUGGAGAACCAUCAAAAGCCAGAGCAUCACUAACAAGAGAAAUUCAUGGUUAUACAUAUAUUAAUUCUUACUUCAAAUUUCAAGUACAUCCAACAGAUCCUCAAUCGCCAAAUCUCAAUCCGAGAUAUAUAUUUUUGGAUACCACAAUUGAAUUAAAAGUAUAUUCAGAAAUAUUACAACAAUUGAAACUUCAAUUAGUUGUUGCUAUGCUUACGAAUAAAGAAUUGAUGCAAAGUGAACAACCAUUAAAAAUUUUUGCACGACCAAAAAAUGAUAAUCAUGGAAAAUUCAUUACAACAAAAUAUGAUAAUCAUAAGGAUUUUAAAGAAGCUUAUUCUCUUCAUGAUCUUCGCUUUGCCAUAACUUUAUGGCGCAAAAGAACCUGGUGA